GCGGCUCCGACCCACAGGCAGGGAACCAGCAGCGGCAGCGGCUGCACGCGCCGAGCCCAGCGCCCCGGCCGCCCCGAAGAUGACUAGGAUAGUGGUAAUUGUUGCUUGGUGUUUUCUGCAAGUGGAAGGCAGGCAUCCAGAAACCCUCCCCAGUCACCACAACAAUGGCAAUUUCUUGGACAACGACAAGUGGCUCAGCACCGUUUCGCAAUAUGAGAAAGAUAAAUACUGGAACAAAUUCAGGGAUGAUGAUUAUUUCAGAAACUGGAACCCAAACAAACCAUUUGAUCAAGCUCUUGAUCCAUCCAAAGACCCAUGUUUGAAGGUAAAGUGCAGCCCACAUAAAGUGUGCGUCACUCACGACUAUGAGACUGCUAUUUGUGUAAGCCGUAAGCAGCUGGUUCACAGCCUUUGGCAAAAGAAAGGAAAUCUGGCCCCGAAACAUUGGAUUGGACCGGCCAAUUUAGUCAAGUGCAAGCCAUGUCCAGUGAUGCAUGCCAGCCCUGUCUGUGGCUCUGAUGGACAUACUUACACUUCCAAGUGCAAGUUGGAGUUUCAUGCUUGUACUUCUGACAAAACUAUCGCAGCGCGAUGUGAGGGGCCCUGCCCAUGUCUUCCAGGACAAGAAAGCCCAAAACACAGGGCUGAGAAGACUGCUUGCACAGACAAGGAGCUGAGAAGUCUUGCUUCCCGACUAAAAGAUUGGUUCGGUGCUCUUCAUGAGGAUGCAAAUCGUGUCAUUAAACCAACAAGUUCGGACACAGCACAAGGCAGGUUUGACACCAGCAUACUACCAAUCUGUAAGGAUUCAUUAGGCUGGAUGUUCAACAAACUUGAUAUGAACUAUGACCUCCUGCUGGAUCACUCAGAGAUCAAUGCAAUUUAUCUCGAUAAGUAUGAGCCGUGCAUUAAACCCCUCUUCAACUCAUGUGACUCCUUCAAAGACGGAAAGCUUUCUAACAAUGAAUGGUGCUACUGCUUUCAGAAGCCAGGAGGUCUCCCUUGCCAGAAUGAAAUGAACAGGAUUCAAAAGCUAAGUAGGGGGAAGAGUCUGUUGGGUGUUUUCCUUCCACGGUGCAAUGAAGAAGGAUAUUACAAAGCAACUCAGUGUCAUGGAAGUACAGGACAAUGCUGGUGUGUUGAUAAGUAUGGAAAUGAGAUCGCUGGCUCAAGAAAACAAGGGACCGUUAGUUGUGAAGAAGAGCAAGAAACCUCGGGGGAUUUUGGCAGUGGUGGAUCUGUUGUAUUACUGGAUGAUUUGGAACAGGACCGUGAAGCAGCGAAAAAGGACAAAGAAGGGAAAAUGAAGAUUCAUGUAAGAGCGGCUAAUGAGGAUGAUGAAGAUGAAGAUGAUGAUAAGGAUGAUGAAAUUGGUUAUAUAUGGUAGUUGUCACCGUUCUGAGGACUCAUGUUUUGCACAAUAUUGCAAGUCACUUCAUAUCUCUGCAAUUGUAUCUAAGAACAUCAGGCACAAAAUAUCUCUCCUCUUUGUUUAAUUUUUACAGUAUAUAUCAUUUUCAAGACGGCUUUUUUCCAACUAGCUACUGGUUUGAAUACAGUUAAUUUUUUUCCCUCUAUCAACGGGGCUAUGAGUUGUGUUAGUUUUGUUUAAGCAAAGUUUCAUAGCUUACUCCCCGCCUGCACAGCUUGUGAAAUAUAGUUUAUGGGAUUAAAAAAGAAGAGAGAAAAAACAAACCAGUGCAAGAAUUAAAAGCCCAUUUUAUGUUAUCAACAUUGGAGAAGUUUUGUCAUCAGCUGUUAACUGAAUUUUCUGACCAUGCUAUAAGUAAUUGCUUUUCUUUUAUGCAGUAGGUAAUAUAGAAAAGCAGGUGCCUCAGUCUCUGUCCCGUGUCUGGCACUUGUCACUAAAGAGCAAGUCAUCUGUGUAUAAUAACUUCUGGCUCACUAAUAUUGAUGGUUUUAAGUCAGGAAGAAAUCCAUCAGUAUUUUUUCUCACUUGCUCUAAGAAUGAUUACUACAGGCUAAGUUCUGCCCUGAUUGAAGUCAAUGUCAAAACUCCCGUUGGCUGUAAAUGUGCAGGAUCAGGUCAUUGUCACCUCGUUUUCAUAGUAAACAAUAUGAUCUCGAUCCUGAGAGAUGCUGAGCGUCCGCAGCUACCACCGACUUUGAGCCUCGUAGCAGGAGAACAUAAUUUAACCACCUUCCAGAAUGUUGGAAUGUUUUGUAAAUCUAGAUCAUUGUAACCAUUUUCCAACUAACAAAUCUUGGGUUUCUGUUUUAAUUAGUUUGCACUAAGAGUUUGCAAUGUCAUGCAAGCUGCCUCUGUUUCUGAAGUAACACACGCCAAUGUUGGAUCCGCUGGAAAUCCCCUGUUCUUCAUUUACCCUAAGUAACUCCUCAUUUGGAAGCUAGGAAGCUGUCAAAGAUACUCACCAUCAAAAGUAAUAAGCUGUCUCUUCUUUAUUUUAAAUUGUUAAUAUUUAUUUAGUCUGUAUAAAAAACAACCUUAGAUAGUCAUGUUUCCAACUAACAUCUUUUCUGCUUAAUAUGAAAUAUCGUGCACUCCUAAUACACACCUAUAAAAUAGAAGAAUAUUAUUAAAAUUGAAUCCUCUGAUUCUUUAAGCCGUUCCCAUUUAUUCAUAUCUCCACAGCUGUAUCACAGCAUUCUGAAGCUAAAUUAUUUACUUCCCUUCCCCGUUGAAAGUCAUGGGUAAAAUGAAUGUACCAUAUCAUGGCUUUUAUCCCUUUUGUUAUUUUAUCCAGAUUAUCAGAAAACACGAUAACAAUGAGGAGUCAUGGGACAGAAUACGUUUGUUAGCAAUUCAUUUUUGUGUUUAAGAGGACAAAAAAGUGACCCAUAAUAGAACUUUAAUUCCAAAAUCUUUUAGGGUCAAAUGCACCAGGAGGUGACAGGAGUAAUUCCAUUUAAGUUAAUGGAGUUAUACCAGAAAUGAAUUUGGCCUAUAGGCAUUUCAAAGAAACCCUUUAUAGUUCUGUUAAAGACACUACUUCCUUAUGUGAAUUGACUUGCAUUUUCAAAAGCAGCUGAGGGAUGCAGUUUACCCUCAGACCAUUAGUCAAUAUAAGUAGUACUUUGCCUGCUUAUCUAUCUUGCAUGUUCCAUGAUUCAUUUUGGGGGGUGAAUCAUGUCAUUACAAGGUAAAGUUUGCAAAAUGAAAUCUACCAAUAUAAAUGCCAAAUUCCAUUCCAAAAACAGGAUGUUUCACCCAUUUCCUUUGGGUUUCAUGUCCUCGGGCCAGCAGUCUGAAUUUACUGUUCUUGUGACACAUGAGCCCAAGUCAGACAUCCUUCUCAGGAAAAAGAACAGGAGUCCUUGUGGCACCUUAGAGACUAACACAUUUAUUUGAACAUAAGCUUUCGUGGGCUACAGCCCACUUCAUCAGAUGCAUACAUCUAUAGCCCACGAAAGCUUAUGCUCAAAUAAAUUUGUUAGUCUCUAAGGUGCCACAAGUUCUCCUGUUCUUUUUGCAGAUACAGACUAACACGGCUUCUACUCUGAAUCCUUCUCAGGGUGUGCCUUCCAGAUAUACCCUUGGUGUUUGUAUUGUCUAUUAUCCUGUGGGUCUUUAGUGACUGAGGGGGAAAGCAUUGCUUUAAAUGUUUCCAAAUAAAGGCCUGAUCCUGCAAAUUCUUCAGCCCACAUAAGUUUAGGGAUUUGCAGGCUCCAACCCAAAGGUUUCAUACUAGAGAAUCAUACUGUAUGUAUGAUCUUAUUAUGCAAGCCCAACAAAUGGACUCUCUAUGCCUUGUACUGUUUUCCGGGCACCAUCACUGUACCUGUCUGCUAGUAGCUAAGACUUAAAACAUUUUAGCAAUGUAACUUGAAUCUUUGGCUAGAAUUCGUGUGUGCACAAACACACACACACACACACACAGCUGAAAUACACACUAGCUCCUGUAGUUGACAUUUUAAACUGCAAAAGUUGGUUUUAUUUUUGAAGUCUUGUUUCAAAACCUUUGCCUGCAAUUUCUUUUGAAGAAAGAAAAUUUGCUCAUUACGAACAGAACUUGUCUGAGAGGGAGAAAUAAUUUGUUUCUGCUUAUCUAGGCCGUGUCAAUGUGUGCAGGUGAUUUGAACGUAAAAGGAAAGGCUUCAUUCACACACAUCCAUGGAAUUCACUGGUACAACAAUGCAACAAAAUGGGGAAAGCUCCUUGACAACGGGAAUUGUGAACAUCAAAUGAGCUUAUAUUUCACUGUUUCAAACGCAGCUUGUUAUAGGGACUUAGUUGUUUCCAGCUCUUUUAUUCUCUGUUUGUCUGGAGUCAUGACCUGAAAGUUGUUGGAGAGCUGGACUGGAUGAUUGGUGUUAAUAGAAAAGGAAGCAGACAGUAUAUCCACUGGGAUUUGGUUUGCUCUUUGGUUUUUUUGCGGGAAAGCGGUUGGCAGCUAAGGCAAUUGGUGGAAACCCUACAGUCCAUUCUGAUUCACCGUUUAGGGCACGAUGGAGCUUUUACCAGCCCUGAGUAUGGAGCAGCCCGUAGCCUCCGUGGCCCCGGAGCAGCCCCCAGAAAGCACUGUGCCUUCGGAGGCACUACACAUAAAAAUAAAUAAAUAAAUUAAUGGAAAUAUCCCAUCUCCUAGAACUGGAAGGGACCUUGAAAGGUCAUUGAGUCCAGCCCCCUGCCUUCACUAGCAGGACCAAGUGCUGAUUUUGCCCCAGAUCCCUAAAUAGCCUCCUCAAGGAUUGAACUCACAACUCUUGGGGUGUGUCUACACUGCACUCUAUGCACAGGGCGUGACUCAGGUUUGAGCCCAAGUGCCCCGUCUGUCCAUACAUCAAUGAAUCUGACUCAGGCCAGCAAACACUCAGGACCAGGUCCUAGGACCCUGCUGGGACUGUGCCACAGUCCAACCCCUGUCAUUUUGCAGUGUGGAUGCAGCUCAAGCCACAGACAUGCAGUAUGGGUGCAUUAGCACAGCUAUGAGACCUGGGUCCAGCAAUUGUAAGCCCAGUUUUACAAUGCAGUGUGAAUGCUCAAGCAUGGGUUUGGAAAUACACAAGCCUGGUUCCCACAGAUUCAGGUUUACAAUGCAGUGUAGACAUACCUUUGGUGCCCAUGCAGGAGGAGAGUACUGUUUAGCCCUAAGCAGACAGCAUGACAUGGCCUCCACAUGCGCUCUCAGGCCGCAGGAGAAUCCUGCAAUGAAGUUCUCAUUAUGCUAAAAUUGGGGGUGGGGAGGGUUGUUUUAGGGGGUUGUGUAUGUGGCAAGAAAUAAUAAAUGCAGCCACUAUUUUGCAUGAUCCAGAUGAUUAUGUCCUGUCUGUGUUACUGGUGAGUUGACUUCUUUAUUUGACUUGUAAUGUUUAUAAAUCGCUACCAGAUAAGCCUAAGAGAGACAAAGAUGGGAAGCCCAUUCUGCUCUGCUGUAAAAUGAGCGACAAGAACAGCAACAAAAUGGGCCUGGUCCUGACCUCAUUUAUACUGGUGUGAAUCAGCAGCCAGGCCAUUGAUUUUACUGGGGAGAGAUGGUAUAAAACUGUUGUGAAAUCAGCAGCAUUCCCAGUGUGUUCCAGACCAAACUAGUGAUUUGGAACAGCCUCGGGAAGCUGGGCUUUUGACUCCUUUUAUUUUGCUUCCAUCUCUUGAAAAUCACUUUUUAUAAAUUACAGACCUUGAAAAGAAUUCUUUUCUCCUUGCCUUGGAGAAAAAUGAUGGCAAUUUGCAAAAGGAACAAACACAUCUUGUAGUUCGACAUCAUUGUUACUUGUAGUGACCCUUGAGCACCAUCAAUAUCUUGCAUCUCGCACAUCAGGGCUGGCUUCAUUCUGGGACUGAUUUUAAUCAGAUGAAAUCUCUGGUUUUGCCCACGGCCUUUCCCAAGCUUAUGGCCUUGCUAUUUCACUGACACCAGGCCUCCCCAUCAAAGCAGAAGGGGCACCCCACUGUGCCAUGAAAUCAAGGGGGUAUCCACAAUCAUUAAGAACUAUCUCACGAAAGCUGACACCAUCCCAACAUUCUGCUAGUGCUAAACUCAUCCCUGUUCAGGAGAAGCAUAGGUGGGUAGGGAAGAUCCGAGCAGUGGCUGCAGCCUCUCUGUUCCAUUUGCACAGGGCGUCAGGUUAUUGCAUCCACAUACAUACAGAUCCUGUAGGAUCCUCUUUCAUUCCCUACAUUGUUUAAAUAUUGCCUUAAAUAAAUGCAAUCAGUCUUACAGCUUAAUUGAACAGGCACUCUGGCCACUCCAAUGCCAGCAGGUCUUCAUCCUCAUUCUCUCUAGCGCUCGGGCCUCAUCCCAUAGCCUCUUCUCACCUGACUCUUCCAGGUGAGACUGGCUGCAUUUAUUUUCAGCAAAUAGGAAGUAAUCAACAUAAAAGCGAAUGCAUUACAGUCCAAGACCUGUGUUCGGAUGUACCUGCACAAGUCCCAUCAGAGUCAAUGGGGUGUUGCGUGUACAUCUGAAGGCAGAAUCCGGCCUUGAACAACUUCUGCUGUAGUUCCCUGGGUGACACUCAACUUGGUCUGGAGGGCUUGUGCGAAGCUCUUUGCCCCAGUUCAGCUCACAGGCCCUGGUUCAGGAAAGCUUAACUUUAAACACAUGCUUACCUGCUUUCCGGAAUGGAGGUUGUAAUUUGAGAAGAGUAACAUCAUUAUCUAGUGGAGUAGAGUAGAAAUACAACGUAGCACGUAAAAUACUAUACAAAUUGUAUAAAAGAAUAAUGCCCCCUAUUUUGGUAAGAAUUGUGUAAGGCGGAGCCGCAUGCUUUGAGAAAAGCAGCUGAAAAUAUGUCUGGAUCCGGGGGCAGAUCCCCAGCUGAUGUAAAGCUCCACUGAAGUCAAUGGAGCUACGACAGUUUCCACCAGCUGCCACCUGGCAAAUCAACUUGCUCAGGAGAAUAAUAUAAUUUUGCCAAUCACAGUUUCCCACCGAGUAUAGUAACUCCUGAUUUUUAACUUUUUGUUAUCUUAUUACUGCUGCUGUUAGAUUAAGACAGCAGUGAAAGUACAGGCCAUUAACAGUGGAAUGACAAAGCAGAGUUCUUUCUAUUGAUUUUUUUCUCCACCGAUUGUAGAAGAUGCUUUAAGAAGAUAUCCCAGUUUAUUGAAGUAGUAAAGCAAUGAGGCAUUCAGGGCACUGUAUCCAGAGCCAGUGGCCGUUGCAAACUGCAACAGAAUUAAACAGCCCCUUUCUCAGGCUUCUCCUGCAUGACAAUCAGGAGGUUUGUAGGGAGCAUUUCACUUGCUUCUGGCUAGAUUUAAUUCCCAUUUUUGUUACAAAGUCAAAUAUUCCACUUGCCUCAAAUUGUUGAGCUUCCAAAUGUUUUCUCAUUGUGAAAGAUGGAAACAGAGGAGCUCCAUUAUUUAAAGAUGGAGACUAAUUUUAUCACAUUUCCUUUACAGAUGAAAGAUUAUGAAACAUCAUGAAGUAUUGCUUUAUGUUUCCAAGUGUCCUUUUCACUAGUAUUGUUAACUCAAAAUAUCCCUUGAGUUCAGUUUCCGACACGAUUUUUGUUGUUGGCAUCUUCAUGAACACUAUGAGUGCAUUGAAAUAUUUUGGCUAUUGUUUUAACCCAUUUUCUGUGUUUAUUUAAUAUUUAUUCUACAGUUUAUAUUUCCAAUGUAAAGUUUAUAUUGAAAACAACACCGUUUGUUAGUGAAAGCUUCUCUUUGCCUAUCCAGCCUACUCUAGAGUCACAGUGUACUUUUCUGGCAUAGGAAUAUUUUAAUAUUUGCAUGUUUUUUGCAGAAUUUUCCCACCCAGGCAGCAAAUGACAUAAGAUCUAAGGUCAUCAUUUGCUACAGACCACCAGAUCUCUCAUGCUUAGCUUGUUACACUUUUUGGCUUUCAUUGCAGUCUGUUCUGUAUGCCAUUCUUGUUUCUUCAAUACAUAGACUGCUUUGUACAGGUACUAUACAUGAAAAAGCCCUUUCUACAGUAGGUGGGUUUUGGUCUUUUUAUACUUUUCUCAAUGCUGCUGAUAUCCGUUACUGUUAAAUGUGAUGUGUUGUAAGGAGAGAUCCAAAUAUUACGUGUUUAAGUUUGAUGUCCCUACUGUAGAUGGAAUGUAGGCUAUCAUAGUAAAUUAGAUUAGCAUAAUAAAUUCUGAAUGCUUUUUCCAUAAGGAGUUAACUGGAAUGUGAACAUUUUGCUAUCCUCCUUUGUUAACUGUAAAUGCUUAAUUGUAGUCUUAAAUAGUUAAAUUUUUGUCUGUCUCAAUAAAUUUUAAUUUGUCUGCGA